AAUAUGAUUAUUACUACAUAUAUAUAUACAGUCCUAUCUACUCAAAUGUAAAGAAUAUAUUACUGAUAGAUGUACAUAUGCUUUAAUGUGUAUGUAUGUGUGUGGGUGCGUACCUAUGUAUGUAUGUAUGUAUCCAAGUAUAUAGGUAUACAUCUAUACACCUCAUUUAUAUAUAUUGAUUGUAUAGGCAUUAUUUCCUUAGUAGAUUAGAUAUACUCAUUCAAUGAGGAUAAACUAUAUUCAUAGACUAAUGAUAAAAAUAAUCCUUUAAAUGAAUAUACACAUGAAAUUCAAUAUAAUAAUGAUUCAAUGUAUAUUAAUUUUAUUUCACUUAGUAACCAUAUUCUAUUAUGUAACCUGUAAUAUCCCAUAUUCUAAUCAAUUAUCUAUGAAACCAUCUAAUCGUAAUAUAAAUUCAUUAUAUAAACAAACUAAUCAAAAUAUUGAAAGUAUAUCUAUGAUGAAUCAACCAAAUAGACCAUAUAUAAAAACUUAUGAUCCAGAUCAUAAUGAUCCAAAUUAUUUACCACCACCACCACCACAAUCACCAACACCAACACCAACAACAACAAUAAUGCAAAAUUUAAUCAAUAAUACAGAACUAAUCAAUCAAAAUAAAGAAAAUCAAUUUAAAGAAGAAAUUUAUACAAAAACAUCUAUGAGAGAUCGUAUAGUAAAUUUAAUUAUGUCAAAAUAUCGAAGUUAUGAACGUCCACCAGAUGGUGGUAAUGCAACUAUAGUAACAGUUAAUAUGAAAGUAUUAGCUAUAUUUUCAAUUGAUGUACGUACAAUGGAUUAUUAUAUAGAUUUAUUAUUAAGACAAGUAUGGCGUGAUCGUCGUUUAUCAUGGUAUGAUAUACCAGAAUUUUCAAAAUUUAAUGAACCAUUAGUAUCACCUAAAUUAAAAGAACAAUUAUGGUUACCAGAUUUAUUUUUUCGUAAUGGUAAAGAUGGUUAUUUACAUAAAUUAACAUUACCAAAUUAUUUAUUACGUGUACAUCCAAAUGGUAAUGUAUUAUAUAGUCAAAAAAUUACAAUGAGAUUUUCAUGUCAAAUGCAUUUACAAACAUUUCCAAUGGAUAAUCAACAUUGUCAUAUUAAUAUUGGUAGUUAUGGUUAUACAUUAAAUGAAUUAAAAUUUGUAUGGAAUCAUAAUAAACCAGUUGAAUUAGCUGAAAAAUUACAAUUAUCUGAAUUUGAAACACCAAAACAAUUUAUUACAAAUGAUUGUUCAUCGGGCUAUUCCACAUCAACUGGACAAUAUACAUGUUUAAAUGCAACAUUUGAAUUACAAAGACAAUUAGGUAGUUAUUUAGCAACAACAUAUAUACCAAAUGUAUUAAUUAUUAUGGUAUCAUGGUUAAGUUUUUGGGUAAAUGUUGAUUCAGCACCAGCACGUGUACCAUUAGGUUUAUUAAGUUUACUUGGUAUAUUAACACAAGCUAUAAGUGUAUCAUCAACAUUACCACGUGUAUCAUAUAUUAAAGCUAUUGAUAUAUGGAUGAUAUUUUCUAUUAUAUUUGUUAUUGGUGUAUUAGUUGAAUAUGCUAUAGCAUUAACUAUAUUAAGACGUAAACAAUCUGAAACAUGGCAUGAAGAUGUUAAAGAGAUUGUACGUGAAGAAUUAGCUCGUUGGUGUGCUAUAUGUCAACAACAACAAUUAAUACAAUUACAAAAUUCUAAUCAAUUAAUUAAAGGACAAUUAGAAUUUCGUGAAGAAUUAGAACAUUUAUUAACUAAUCAAUUUAUUGAUGAUUAUAAAGAUAAAACUAAACCAAAACGACCACCUGGUUUAAUUGAAUCAGAAAUUGAUACAUAUAGUAGAUUUUUAUUUCCAGCAUGUUUUGUAUUAUAUAAUUGUUUUUAUUGGUGUUAUUUUUUAAUUAUUGUUAAUCAAAUUUAAUCAUCAUCAAUUAUUGAUUGUUUAUCGAUUAAUCGAUCGACUGAUCAAUUGAUCGAUCGAUCAAUCAGUCGAUCCCUCCUUAUGUUUGUUCUUGAUAUAUGUUACUACUCAUGAUUCAUCAAGAUCAAUCAUUUGUUGCUUAUCGAUCGAUCAAUCAAUCAAUCAAUCAAUCAAUCAAUCAAUUCCUUCUUAUGUUCUUUCUUGAUAUAUGUUGCUAUUGAGAUACUUGAAACUUUUCACCUCUUAUAGAGUUUAACAAUCAAAUAUAAUGAAUUUGAUGUUAUUAAUACAUUUGUAAUGAUCUUAUGCAUGUAAAAAAUCGAUGACUUAUUCAUUCAUUAUUAAUCGAUCAAUCAAUUCCGUCUUAUCUUCUUUCUCGAUAAAUGUUACUACUCAAAUACGUAAAAUUUUCUACCUUUGUAAUAGUUUCUCAAUCAAAUAUAAUGAAAUUGAUGUUAUGAUCCAUUAUUAAUGUAGUUGACGUUAUCUUAAUCAUACAAAAAUCGAUUACUUAUUCAUUCUUUAUCAAUCGAUCGAUCAAUUAAUUAAUCCAUCCCCCCGUUAUCUUCUUUUUUUUUACUUUAAAACAUCUUGUUGUUAUGGUUAUUGUUGUUGUGUUUUUUUUUGUUUUUUGUUUUUCUAAAUGGAAACAAUUCUAUUGUUUAGCUUUUAGAUGAAUUAUACAAUUUCAAUAGAAUUCAUUAAAUGACUAUCAUGAUCAUGAUCAUCAUCAUUAUCAUCAUCAUUAUCAUCACCAUCAUCUAUUACAUAAUCAAUAAUAUACUAUGAGAGUUCACAUUUUCCAAAUAAAAACAAAUACAUUCAAAAUUCAUUUGUAUACUUAAUUAUGAUCAUCUUUAUGUGUAAUUUCAUUGGGAAGAUUACCAUUCGUACCAUUCGUACCAUUAGUACCAUUAUUACUAUUACUAAUACUACCAAUAUAACCAUACUCAACUAAAUAAACAAACAUGGAUGCAUUUAGUAAACAUUAAUUGAAUGAUAUUUAAUAGUUCAUAUCAACCCCUUUCAUCGAUGUCAUUCAAUAAAGUAUUAUUAUCAUUCAUCAUUAUAACUUGGUUCAAUGUUCAUUUUUUUGUUUUUUUGUUUUACUGUAAAGAAAUGUUAUCUAUUGUAUAC